CGUGAUUUGUAAACAUUCGUGAAAAUAUUGGAUUUUCACUGUUCCGCAAAAAGUGUGACUUAUUUACAGAUAACUUUUUAAUUAGCGCUACUGAAAAUAUCUAAUUAACCUAAUGUUUUAUGGUUUUUUAAGAAUUUCGGUGCAAUGGUGAAUGUAAUGAAAGGUGUUUUCGUUGAAUGUGACCCGGCUAUGAAACAAUUUCUGCUGCAUCUAGACGAAACGCUCGCAUUGGGACGGAAAUUCAUCAUACAAGAUUUGGACGAAAAUCAUUUGUUUAUUUCUACCGAUAUUGUGGAGACACUGCAAGCACGUGUAGACGAUUUGAUGGAUCGCAUUAGUUUUCCACUGCAUGAGAAGGAACCUUAAUUUAUUACAAAAAAUCUCUUCUACAAUAUAACAGAACAAGCAGACUAGCUACCAUAUUAAUCAUAAAA